UCUUACUGAACGGCGGCGGUGAGGGGCGCGCAGGCAAGCGGAGCCGCGGAGAACGAGCGAGCGGGGUGUUUGUUCUCUGUCUGAGUCAAAAAGUGAGGCGAACUGUGCGUCUUAGAUUCGUUUUUCGUAAAAGAGUGGAUGCUCGACGUCGCGGAGGAGCUGUAUCUGGGAAUAAACGCGAGCUGUUUUCGUCGCCUGAAGCGCGCGAACACACAUUCAAACGCGCCCGCCGGUUUGACGUCUGUCAACAACAACGGAGCAGCAGUAGCGGGGCUGAGCUGAGCCGAGCAGAGGAGAGGAGAGCUAGGUUAGCCGCCAGCGGAGAAGAAGAGCCCGGUGCGGCGCUUUGCUCGCUCUCAAACCGAGCCCCCUUUCUGUCGGGUAUCCGCGCGCCGGUCUGCCUCGGCCUGCUCCUCGGCUAACUUAGCUAGCUAGCUCACUGGCUAACACAGCAUGGCGGAGUUCCUUGAAGACCCGUCGGUGCUCACCAAGGAGAAGCUGAAAAGUCAGCUGCUAGCCAACGAUGUGCCUCUUCCCAGCGGAGAGCACAAGAAAGACGUCUACGUCCAGCUGUACCUGAAGAACCUGACCGUACUGAACAAGAGGAGGAACCCUCCAGCUGACACCUUCUCCAGCGAUGAGGAGAUAACGCCGGUGCUGUCCAACAGGAGCCGGUCAGGAAAGAAAGCUACAAGGAAGACAGAUAAAGUUCAAAAAGAGGAGUUGGAUCUUUCCAGUCUGACUGAUGAAGACUUGAAGGUUCAGCUUUUAAAGUAUGGAAUCAAUCCAGGUCCCAUCGUUGUUUCGACUCGUAAACUGUAUGAGAAGAGACUUCAAAAGUUGUUAGAUCAGCCUCCAUCGGAGACCAGGCCACCAGAACCCGAGACUGCAGUUCCAGAGACAGUCACCUUGAAGGCUGAUGGAAAUCAGAAUGGCAACACGCACUCAGUGGAGGAUCAGUACAGUGACAAAGAAGAAGAUAUUGUUGAAGCAGAACCAGAACCAGAGCCAGUUCCCAUUGCGAGCAAACCAGUAAGAAGCAGAGGGAAAACACCUGUUACCACCAGGACAAGCAGCAGGCAGCGCAGCAAGCAGGUGGAGGAGACAACGGCAGCUAAUAUGCAAGCAGAUUCUGUGGACAGUCGUGAUAUUUUAAGGGAAUUGUUCCCCAAUGAGCCUUCUACACCAACAGGCAUUAUUGCUACUUGUCGGAGGCCGAUCCACGGGGCAGCUGGACGUCCAGUGAGGCCGCUAGAUCUCUGGCCAGAGGAGUCCCUCUUGCAACAGAGUGUGUACACAACCACCAAAUCGUCCCUCACGGACAGUCGCCGUGUUCUGUCAUCUAGCCCUCCUCCAGCUCGUCGCUCCUUCUCCAUCUGGCUAAAACUGCUGGUGUUCCUCACGAUGGUCGGCUCUCUUUUCUACAUCUUUCAGAAUGUGACCGCGGAGCAGAUCGACUCCUACAGGCUCUUCCUUCAGGACAAUGUGGUCAAUCCACUCCUCAGUGCUAUUGGUGGUGUUGGUCAGGAAGAGAAUGGUGGUGAUAAAUAAGAGCCCCUCUGUCAGUGUGGCUCUACAGUGUGUGCAUGAGCUGUCUCUACAAGGAGACUUUAUUCUCAGCUCCAUCUGUUUGGUUGGAAGGUCAACAUGUUGACAGAUUUUGGUUGUUAUUGCAGUCCAACUUCGCAAUUGUGUCAGGAAAAACUUGUUUUACGUAGUCUUCAAACUUUGUGUGAAUUGUGUUUUCAUCCUGCUUUUUUAUUUUUGCCGUUUUGUAGCAGAUAAUGUGAGUGAAUGAGAAAUAGUAUUUGUAUAGCCUUGUAUCAUGGUGGAACAGUUGCCAGUAUGUCUGUAGCACUUCAAGGACUACCACCCCAUUUGCUUUGAAUAUCAACAAACUGGUUUCCAAAAAGGGUUAGUAAGUGUUAAACACAGCUGUAGCAUCAGCCUAAUGGGAGUUUAACAUACUGGUGCAUGCUGAAAAGUGAUAUUUUGUUUCUUUUGCAUUGGACUUUAGUGAAAAUUACUGUAUGUACAAAAAAUGAAACCUUUGCUGUUUUAGUUUAUUUUAAUCUGACAUUAUCAGGACAGGAAAAGUAUGUUUUGUUUGGAAAUACUGUCUCUACUUAAGCAGUUAGCUUCCAUCUAAGUGUAUUGUAGCAUUGAAACGUGCCCAGACUACUAGAAUACCAGGUCAGUUAUGCAGUUUGCUUUUAGUGCCACAUGUACUGGUCUUUAACAGAGCUUUGCCCACAGCUCUGCACUCUCAGGCAAUAGAUGGCAUUGCAAUGCCAGUGAAGUUUAACUGGUUCAUUUUGUGGUAGAUGAUGGCUCAUUUAGUGUUUAUGUAAUCUAGUUGUCAUGUGAUGUGAAAGUAUAGCUUUUAAAAUGCUCAACUCUGUCAUGACACUUUUGCAAAAUCAAAACCACCCUGCUUUUGGUUUAUUUUUCUCCCCUUGUCGAACACUUGAGUAUCUGGCCAAAAUAUUAAUUAAUUUUCUGUAAUUUAAACAUUUUAAAGGUGGAUAUAUUUGCCAAUCAUGAAAUGACUAAUUCCCUUUCUUUAAGAGGAAUACAUUUGUGAUGAUUAUUCUGAAGUCUGCUUUUUUUUUGUAUUUUACUAUUUGGAAUUGAAAUGUUUUUGCUUUUUUAACUGCAAUAUUUUUCUAAUAUUUUCUCUUCUAAAAUUAACUUUUUAAGGACAAAUAAAGAGCAUUCAUUUGAGAAGUGUACAUCGAAGUGCUGCGAUCACCAUUUGUUUCUACCUGCUUUGUAAAAGGCAAAAAAAUGGUUUUAACAAAAUUUGCACUUCGUCUGAGGGCAGCUAACAGUGAAUUGGUUUAAGAAAAAUUGGAACUUUUCUUUCUGAAUGAAUUGAGUGUUUUAUCAUUGGUGAAAUAAAAAAUGAAAGUCGGCUCAA